UUCAGAAUCAACUCCCUCUCCCUCUCCCUCAGAAGACCAUGUUUUUUCACAUCGUAUUGGAGCGGAACAUGCAGCUCCACCCUCGCCACUUCGGUCGCGACCUCCGAGAGAAGCUAGUCUCCAAGCUCAUGAAAGACGUUGAAGGCACCUGCAGUGGUCGGCACGGGUUCGUGGUGGCGAUAACCGGCAUUGAGAACGUCGGGAAGGGGCUGAUUCGGGACGGUACUGGGUUCGUGACCUUCCCGGUGAAGUACCAAUGCGUUGUUUUCCGGCCCUUCAAAGGCGAGAUUUUGGAAGCUGUAGUUACCAUGGUCAAUAAGAUGGGAUUUUUCGCUGAAGCCGGGCCAGUUCAAAUUUUCGUGUCAAAUCAUUUGAUACCAGAUGAUAUGGAGUUCCAAUCUGGAGAUAUGCCUAACUAUACAACUUCAGAUGGAUCAGUUAAGAUUCAAAAGGAUAGUGAAGUUCGGUUAAAGAUUAUUGGAACUCGAGUAGAUGCUACAGAAAUUUUCUGCAUUGGUACUAUAAAGGAUGAUUUCUUAGGUGUGAUCAGUGAUCCGGGUGCGAAUGCCUGAUGGAGCUGUUGGUCAUCUCCAGUAUAACAAGAGGAGUGUUGUUUAACAACAUAGAAGUGGCAACCGUGUCUCGAUAAAAGAAAUUGAAGUGUUCAAAUUUGGUACAAUUUCAAGUUGCUCUAUCCGUCUUCCCCAGUUAUGCCCCAUUAGUAGUCUUGAACUCAAUGUUCCUGGGUUGGUCUUCCAUUCUUGGACAGAAAUGUAAAACAAUGGCAUGUAACUCGAGGCAUCUCAAAAUAGUGCCAGGUUUUUGCUCUACCGCGGGUUGUAAUGAAAUGUUCAAAAUCUAUAAGAUGGAUGGGCAUGGUUCUACUA